ACAUACUGUACACUCUAGUCGUGACGCAUCAAUUUGUGGAGUCCAACGCUGGAACAAGCAGAGCAUGGAUAGACGCAGAGCAGCAAAGCCACCGGCGUCGCAGAGCGCCGACGACGACUCCGAGCUCGGCGUCUUUACGGCCGAGCGCUACUUCAACGACGCCCUCGCCGGUGAGGACGCCUUAUGGUGCGACCGCUCGUCGUCGUCCUACUCGUCCGCGUUCAAGACAUGGCAGCACGACGAUUCCGCCCUGGCGCCGACGGCCGCCACCAGCUCGUCGGAGGCCAGCUGGAACAGCCGCUCUGCGUUUCUGUCCAACCAUCCGGCGUCAGCUGCUGCCCCGGCCAUUGAGGAGAAGGCAAAUUCCACGACAGAGAGCGAGCCGACCGGAGGAAAGGCGCGCCCGUCGUCCUCUCACCUGCGGCGCUGGAUUCUCGACAUGGCAGGGUGCGCCUGCGGCUCCAGCGACAACAAGGAGUCGAUGAGCGCCGACGACCAGUAUCGCGAAGAAAUGGACGCCGGCUCCGUUGACGGUGGCAACAAACACGGCUCCGAAGCAGAUGCGACGAUUCCAGGAGGGACGAGCAAACAGACCACCGUGGAGGACGGCACCACGGUGAGGAUGAUGUCUGGCUCUUGCAAGUGGGUCCAGGACGGUGGCGGACCACCGCCCUUGCUGGUCGCGGAACCUGCCCACCGCCGAGCCGCAAACCCCGGCGAGCUGACCAUGCGGGUGCUGGAUUCCACAGCCAACGCAUCGUACGACGAGCGACGGCGGGUAUCGGCAACGCAAAGCUCCGCCUAUACAAUCGUUGCUGGAAGAACGGCACGGGGUGGUGCUGUAAGUGCAGCCGCCGGUGGCAGCGGAAGCCCCAACCGAGCACACAUGAGGGUUGACUCCGUCGUGGACGACGCCGCGGCGCCGACCGAGGUGGACGACAUGUACCCACCGAGCGAGGCAAGCAUCGUGUGGAGCGUGGUCACCGCGGAGGGUGCCGCGUCCGGCAACUUCUCGAGCGCGGCCUCGGGCCGCUACUAUUACUUCAACGACGGCGACGAGGAUGCAGGAGGGAAGAGCCACCGGAGGAGACGAAAUAACGGCGGCGGCUUGCUGACGGGCUGCAUGUCCAAGAGGGCCGUCGACACCGUCGGCCAGCCUCGGACGUGGUCGGAGGUGGAGCCGGCGCCGGUCGCGAGGGUGCGCGGCCCAGACAUGGCACGCCGCCGGUAGUGAAAUAUACCGGAGUAAUGGCGAUA